AUGUCAGGUCCUGCUUCUAGGCUUCAGAGUCUGGUUAAUCAUUUAUUACCUUCUUCUGGAUCAAACACAUCUUCAACAACGCUGCCGGCUCCAAAACAUCACAUCCAUACCCUUUCACCUACAUUUUUUCUUCCCCGCGCAGCAGCGAUUGAACCCGAUGCUCCAGCUAUCCAUCAUGUUACUGCGAAUGGACAAACGAUCACACGAUCUUAUCAGGAAUUUGCAGAUCGCUCUCGCGGUUUAGCAUAUUAUCUCAAAAACCAUAAAUUUGCUCGGAUAGGAAUACUAUGUCCGAACACGCCUGCUUUUCUCGAGAGUAUUUUUGGUGUCGCGGCGGCCGGGGGAAUACAUGUGGGAGUUAAUUAUCGGUUGAAGGAGGAGGAUAUUAUUUAUAUUUUUGAGUUUGCGGAGGUGGAUUGUAUUAUUGUGGAUAGAGAAUUUGUGGGGUUGUUGGAAGGAUAUAGGGGGAGGAAUCGAGGGGUGAAAAUUAUUGUGGAUGAGGAUACGGAUAGAGAUGAGGGGGAAUUCGAUCAUGCGGUUUUGGAGGGCUUGAAAUAUGAUGUGGAGAAUGGGGGGAAAGGUUGGAAUGGAUUGCAUGCGCAGGCUGAUGAUGAGGAUGGUACGAUUGCGAUUCCAUUUACGAGUGGAACGACGGCGAAACCUAAGGGGGUGAUUUAUACUCAUCGGGGUGCAUAUCUUGCGGCUAUGGGAAAUGUGGUGGAAUCGGGGUUGAAUUUUCAUAAAGGAAGAUGUGGUUAUCUCUGGACACUUCCCAUGUUCCAUGCUGUGGGAUGGACUUUUCCUUGGGCUGUAACAGCAGUUAGGGGUACUCACUUCUGUCUUCGCAAAAUCGAUUAUCCUCUGAUAUGGAACUUACUGAAAUCUCAACCCAUCACCCAUUUUAACGCCGCACCUACCGUAAAUACUCUACUUUGCGCCUCGAAAGAAGCAGCCCAACUCCCAAAUCCAGUCCGCGUCACCGUCGCCGCAUCACCACCUACAGCUCAUCUUUUCGAAACAAUGACAAAUCUCAAUCUCAUUCCAGUCCAUGUAUAUGGGAUGACGGAAACCUAUGGUCCCAUCACAAAGGGUUACCACAUGCCUGUUUGGGAAGACAUCUCACUGAAAGAAAAAUAUAACCGCAUGGCGCGACAAGGACAUGGAUUCCUCACGUCUCUCAAUCUCCGCAUUAUUAAACCCGAUCAACCGGAUGAUAGACUUAUAGAUGUCGCGCGCGACGGGAAAGAAAUUGGAGAAAUCAUCUUCCUGGGGAAUAUAUGUGCAAAGGGAUAUUAUAACGAUGAAGAAGCGACGAGAAAGCUCUUUGCGGGUGGUGCACUGCAUAGUGGAGAUUUGGCCGUGUGGCAUGAGGAUGGGAGUGCGCAGAUUCUGGAUCGCGCGAAGGAUAUUAUUAUUAGUGGGGGGGAGAAUAUAAGUAGUGUGGCGUUGGAGGCGAUGUUGGUGCAGCAUGAGGGGGUGUUGGAGGCGGGGGUGGUGGCGGUGCAGGAUGAGAAGUGGGGGGAGUGUCCGGUGGCUUUUGUUACUGUUAGGGAGGGGGGUGGAGCGGGAGAAGGAGGGAAGGGGGGCUUGAAAGGUGAGGAUGUGGUGAGGUGGGCAAAGGAGGAGAGUAGUAUUAGUAGGUUUAUGGUGCCGAAGGAAGUAGUUGUGGUAAAGGAAUUGCCGAAGACGAGUACGGGGAAGGUGAAGAAGAAUGUUUUGAGGGAGUGGGCGAGGGGGAAUUGGGAGGAGAAAUAG